AUGAUAAGAAGCUUGAAGAUGACUAGUAACGACUGGACAGCAUCAAAAGUUAGAUCAACUUUCUUAAACUUUUUCAAAGACAAAAACCAUACAUUUGUGCCAUCAUCAUCAGUAGUUCCUCAUAAUGAUCCUACAUUAUUAUUUGCAAAUGCUGGGAUGAAUCAAUAUAAACCAAUUUUCUUAGGUACUGUUGACCCAUCAUCUGAUUUUGCCAAUUUAAAAAGAGCUACCAAUUCUCAAAAAUGUAUCAGAGCUGGUGGUAAGCAUAAUGAUUUAGAAGAUGUUGGUAGAGAUAGUUACCAUCAUACAUUUUUCGAAAUGUUAGGUAAUUGGUCUUUUGGUGAUUAUUUCAAGAAAGAAGCCAUUGCUUAUAGUUGGGAUUUAUUAACUAAAGAAUAUGGUUUGGAUAAAGACAGAUUAUAUGUCACUUAUUUUGGUGGUGAUGAAAAGCAAGGUUUAGAACCUGAUUUGGAAGCUAAGAAUCUUUGGAAAGCUAUUGGAGUUGAAGAAGAUCAUAUUUUACCAGGUGAUGCCAAAGAUAAUUUCUGGGAAAUGGGUGAACAAGGUCCUUGUGGUCCAUGUUCUGAAAUCCAUUAUGAUAGAAUUGGUGGUAGAAAUGCUGCUUCUUUAGUCAAUAUGGAUGAUCCUAAUGUUUUAGAAAUUUGGAAUAUCGUUUUCAUUCAAUUCAAUAGGGAAUCAGAUUCUUCUUUAAGAUCUUUACCAGCUAAACAUAUUGAUACUGGUAUGGGUUUCGAAAGAUUAGUUUCAAUCUUACAAAACAAAUUGUCUAAUUAUGAUACUGAUGUCUUUACUCCAAUUUUCGAAAGAAUUAGAGAAAUUACUGGUGUUAGACCUUACAGUGGUAAAUUUGGUGCUGACGAUAUUGAUGGUAUAGAUACCGCUUAUAGAGUUAUUGCUGAUCAUGUAAGAACUUUAACUUUUGCCAUUACUGAUGGUGGAGUUCCAAAUAACGAAGGUAGAGGUUACGUUUUAAGAAGAAUUUUAAGAAGAGGUUCAAGAUAUGUCAGAAAGUAUAUGAACUAUCCAAUUGGUUCAUUCUUUGAACAAUUAGCUCCUGUUGUUAUUGAAAAGAAUAAAGAAAUCUUCCCUGAAAUUUCCAAAAACUUAGAUGAUUUAUUAGAAAUCUUAAGAGAAGAAGAAGUUUCUUUCGCUAAAACUUUAGACAGAGGUGAAAAAUUGUUCGAACAAUAUGCUAUUAUUGCUUCCAAAACUCCACAACAAACCUUAAGUGGUAAAGAUGUUUGGAGAUUAUAUGAUACUUAUGGUUUCCCUGUUGAUUUAACUAGAUUAAUGGCUGAAGAAGCUGGUUUAGAUAUUGAUGAACAAGGUUUCGAAAAGGCUAAAGAAGAAAGUAGAGAAGCUUCAAAAGGUGGUAACAAUAAAUCAAAAGGUGAUUUAGUUAAAUUAGAUGUUCACUCAUUAGGUGAAUUAGAUUCUAAUGAUUCUAUUCCAAAGACUGAUGAUUCAUACAAAUACGGUUUAGAAAAUGUUAAGGCUUCAGUCGUUGCCAUUUAUGAUGGUUCAAAAUUUGUUGAUUCAAUUUCUGACUCAAAACAAUAUGGUAUUUUAUUGGAUAAAACCCCAUUCUACGCUGAACAAGGUGGUCAAGAAUACGAUACUGGUAAAUUAGUCAUUGACGGACAAAUGGAAUUUAAAGUUGAUAACGUUCAAGUUUAUGCUGGUUAUGUUUUACAUACUGGUGAAUUACAAGAAGGUGAGUUGAAAUUAGGUGAUUCAGUUAUCGCAGGUUAUGAUGAAUUAAGAAGAUGGCCUAUUAGAAAUAACCACACAGGUACUCACGUCUUAAACUACGGUUUAAGAGAAGUCUUAGGUGAUGGUGUUGAUCAAAAGGGUUCUUUAGUUGCUCCAGAAAAGUUAAGAUUUGAUUUUUCUCAUAAACAAGCUUUGAAACCAGAAGAAAUCGUUAAAGUCGAAGAAAUCUGUAACCAAUACAUCAAAGAAAAUAAAGAAGUUUUCGCUGAAGAAGUCUCCUUAUCUGUUGCUAAAUCAAUCACUGGUUUAAGAGCUGUGUUCGGUGAAACUUAUCCUGACCCUGUUAGAGUUGUUUCAAUUGGUAAGUCAGUUAAAGAUUUAUUGGCCGACCCAUCAAAUGAAGACUGGAAUAAAUUCUCAAUUGAAUUUUGUGGUGGUACUCAUGUUGCUAAAACUGGUGAAAUCAAAGAUUUAGUUAUAAUUGAAGAAUCAGGUAUUGCUAAAGGUAUCAGACGUAUUGUUGCCGUUACUGGUACUGAAGCUCAUAAAGUUCAAGCUAUCGCCCAUGAUUUUGAAAAAGAAUUACAUCAAGCUAAUCAAUUGGAUUUUGGACCAUUAAAAGAACAAAAAGUCAAAGAAUUAGGUGUUUCAUUAAAACAAUUAACCAUCUCAGUUGUUGAAAAACAAAAAUUAAACGAUAAAUUCAACAAGAUCGAUAAAUCAAUCAAAGACCAUUUAAAAGCUAUCCAAAAAGAAGAAUCAAAGAAAGUUUUAGACAAGGUUAAUGAUUGGUUAAAAGAUGAAGAAGCUAAACCUUUCUUUGUUGAUUACAUUGAUAUAAACGCUAAUGCUAAAGCUAUCACUGAAGCUAUCAACUUAAUCAAGAAACAACAUAAAGAAAAAUCCAUCUAUUUGAUAACUGGUAAAGACAAAGUUGCUCAUGGAUGUUAUAUUUCAGACGAAGCUCUUGCUAAAGGUAUUGAUGUUACCGUUUUAGGUAAAGCCGCUUCAGACAAUAUUGGUGGUAAAGCUGGUGGUAAAGGUAAUACCGUUCAAGGUAUGGGUGAUAAACCAGAAGGUAUCAGUAAAGCUGUUGAAGAAAUCACCAAAUUAAUUGAAAGUAAACUUUAA